AACCACCUGUUUUUUCUGCAAGAGCCGGCUUGUGCUUUUGUAUCACAGAGCUCCGAGAGAUGGCUUUCUGGGUGAUGGUCCUAUGUGCCAUCCUGGCAUGCAUAUUGGGGGGGCUCUACCUGGUGGGGGCAUUCCGCCAGAGGAGAGCCAAAGAACCCCCUUUAGAUAAAGGCCUCAUUCCAUGGCUUGGACAUGCAUUGCGCUACCAAAAGGACGGUGUUGACUUCUUGCAAAGGAUGCAGAAGAAGCAUGGGGAUAUCUUCACAGUAUUGCUUGGAGGACACUAUUUCACUUUUGUGAUGGACCCACUCUCCUUUGGAGCUAUUGUGAAUGAAGCAAGAACCAGGCUGGAUUUCACUUUAUAUAUAUCACAAAUUGUGGCCCAAGUGUUUGGGUUUCAGCAUUCAGAAAUGACUCGUAAGAUACUAGAGACAGCCAACACAAAGCACCUCAGGGGCGAUGGACUCAUGGUGCUGACCCAGGCCAUGAUGGACAGCUUGCAUAGAGUGAUGUGGCAUAGCCUGAGUUCAGCAGGAGGGCAGAAAUCCUGGAAACAGGGUGGAUUGUUCCACUUCAGCUACAACAUGGUCUUCAAGGCUGGAUAUCUUGCUGUGUUUGGAAAUGCACAAAGUAAAGGUGUAAAGGACAAAGAAGAUGCUGAGAGGAGUGACCUAGCUGACUCUGAAGAUGUAUUUGUAGAGUUUCGCAAAUUUGAUAUUUUUUUCCCGGGAUUAGUUUCUUCCACACUGUCUCCCAGAGAUAAAAAAGAAGUAGAGUCUCUGAAGAGACACUUCUGGAACAUCUUUUCUGUAAAGGAAGUAUAUAAAAAGGAAAAUAUCAGUGGCUGGGUAACUGACCAGCAAGAGCAGCUGGAUGAGGCUGGGAUUCCUGAAUCCAUGCAGGGGCGGUUUUUGUUUUCGUUGCUCUGGGCAUUUCAAGCUAAUUCUGGCCCAGCUUCCUUCUGGCUUCUUGCCUACCUGAUGAAAAAUCCCAAGGCAAUGGAUGAGGUGAGGAAAGAAGUGGACAGAGUGGUGGGAGAAUCUGGCCAGGAAGUGAGGGCAGGGGGUCCAGUGCUUAAUGUCACCAAGGAGAUGUUAGACAAGACCCCCAUCUUGGACAGUGCUGUGCAAGAGACUUUGAGACUGGCAGCAGCCCCUAUGUUGAUCAGGGCUGUGAUGGUGGAUCUAGAAAUCCAGAUGAAUGAUGGAAGAAAAUACCUUCUGCGCAAAGGAGACAGAGUUGCACUUUUCCCCUUUGUGGCAGCACAUAUGGAUCCCGAAAUCCACCCAGAUCCCCAUGUUUUCAAAUAUGACAGGUUCCUCAGCCUAGAUGGCACAAAAAAGAAAUUCUAUAAGAAUGGGGAAAAGGUGAAAUAUUUCUCCAUGCCUUGGGGUGCAGGGUCCAUGUGCCCUGGGCGAUUCUUUGCUACCAAUGAGCUAAAACUCUUUGCCUUCCUGAUGCUGACAUACUUUGAUAUGCAGCUGGUUAACAUGGAGGAGGAAAUCCCUCCCGUAACCAAGAGCCGCUGUGGGUUUGGUGUAAUGCAGCCCACACACGAUGUUCAGUUCAGGUAUCGACUUCGCCACUGAAGGUAGGAGGCAGAGCAAGCAACGUGGUAUCACAUACCUGUGAAUCUUCAGGCCAAAUUAAGUUUAAAAAGAAAACAAUUGUAUCCCCUGCACCUGGUCACAUUUCCCCCGCAUAUUGUUGCCUAUACCUGGCCUGUUGUACCGUAAAAAGAGUGUCAGGUCUGUCCAGUCUGCUUUGUGAACAUUUCAUAAUCAUUUGCAAUUCUCCUGGCUGUCUUGCAAAAGAUGCUUAUUCAAUACAUUUUGGUAUUUUCAGUUUUGCUGCUGUUGAUCAAUGCCUGUCAACAAGUAUCCAUUUUCAUGUCUCCAGGGAUAUUGCCGUUUGUCUGUCUUGCGGUAUCUUGAAAAUAAGAAGCCCAAAUAAUUGGUGGUAGAUUGGGGAGAAAGAGAGUUAGUACUUUGCUUUACUUUUUGGCUCCUAUUAAAGUUGACUCAUUAAUUGAUCCUCA